GGUACCUCUCCCAGGGUGCGUGGUUGGGCCCCAGGGGCGUCCGGCCCCCCGCUUUUUGCAUUUUGGACCCAUGGAGCCGGAAACCCCAUGGCCGCAGCUGCGGUUCCACAAGACCACCUUGCCGCCGCAUGCGGUGCAGCAUGCGGCGGGGACGACAUGGCGGCAGCGCGCUGCCAAGACAGCGAGCGGCAUCACGGGCCUUGCGGCCAUGCUGUUCAUCAGAAAUAGGGGCCUCAGGAAGCGCUGGGCCGUGCCGGGGGCGCUGGUGCGCCUGGCCUCGGCGGCCUCUUUGUCCUCGUCCCCGAGUUCAGCGCCCAGCUCGGAGCUGCAGGUGAGCAACCGGAGCAUCUACGUCCUGUUGAUCGUGUCCUGCUUGAGCCUCCUAGGGCUGACGAUGCCCUCGCCGGCGCUGCCGCUGAUCCGGAGCCACUUUGGGCUGGUGGACUGGCAGACGGGGCUGGUGUCCUCGUGCAUGUCCCUCGGCAUGCUGGCGGCGGUGGCCGUGUGGCCCAGCUACUCAGACACCCUGGGCCGCAAGAAGGUGCUGACGCUGUCGCUCUUCUGCACCGCGGGGCUGUUUUGUGGCCAGGUCAUGAAGCUGAAGCCGGGCAGCAGUUUUCAGGAGUUCCUGCUGAUGCGAUUCCUCACGGGGCUUUUCGCGGGGUGCAACCCCAUCUUCAAGGCCUACCUGGCGGACGUGGUGCCCUCCGAGCAGCUGCCGCGGUUCAUGGUCUUCCGGGAGGCCUCGGCCACGCUGGCCUUCAUCAUCGGCCCCGCGCUGGGCGGCUUCCUCUGCAUGGACCGUGGGCUGCAGGGCCCCUUCUUCGCCACGAUCUUGGCGCACCUGGCGGGGGCGCUGCUUUUGCUGGGCUUCGUGGAGGAAGCGCCGAGCAUACCGCCUGUGGAUGAGGGCAAGGCGCCGGAGGAAGAUGCGCAGGAGGAGGACUGGCCUCUCGCGCGCAAGGUCUUUGCCAUCUCCUUCUUCUACGUGGUGAGCCAGACCUGCUUCUCCUUCUUCAUGCCUUUGCUGCUGCACGACCUUUUCGGUUCCCAGCCCCAGACCAUCGGAGCCUUCCUCACCGGCACCAGCCUCGUAGUGUUCUUCUGCCAGGUGGUGGUCUAUAAGAGGCUGGAGAAGCGCUUCGGCCUGGAGGUGACCGGCGCGCUGGGCGCCGCGGCCAUCUUUCUAGGCCUGGUGACGCUGAGCCUGCGGCCGCAGCUGCUGCCGCUCGCGGCGGCCUUGUACGCCUUCGGGUCCGCGACCUUCCCGGCCACGGUGCCCACGCUGCUGGCGAAGAGCGUGUCCAAGGGCAACCGGGGCAAGGUGCUGGGCAUGGACUCAGUGAUCAACAACGUGGGCCGGGUGAUCACGCCCUUGGGUCUGGGGGUGCUCUACGGUAUCUCGCCCUCCCUGUGCUUCAUGGUGGGGGGCUGCGCCUCCUUAGUGGUUGUCCAGCUGCUGAGGGGUCACAUCGCCAAGAAAGGAAGAGAUACCUUGGACAUCAAGAUGUCAUCCAAGUAGCGUCUGCGCAGGAAAGGCUCGGAAUGGAAACAUCCGAGAUCUGCAGGUGGAUGGCUUCCCUUUGGUGCGCUUUGAUCGCUGUGGGUGCCUUCGCGUUCCGGCGCGCGCGCGCGCCGCGCGCGUCGCGCGUCGCGCGUGCCGCACCCGAAGGGUCGGACACGAGGCGGCCUGGGGAAACUUGGGUUGUGGGCCUAUGCGGUGCGAAAAUGGCACCCUCUGCGGCUCCGAGUCGAGACGCCUG